AUGUCGACUACUACCAUCACAGCCACAGAGCAGCGCUCGAUUCCGCUCCACCUUAAAGCAAAGUAUCCAGAGCCUUUGACACCAUCAGGCGCAUUGGACAAGUUCACCUUCGAAGAGUCAACUCCCGUCAUCGGUCGUGAAUAUCCAUUCGUCAAUCUCGUCGAAGACAUCAUCAACGCAAAGAAUGCAGACGAACUGAUCCGUGAUCUCGCCAUCACCAUCUCCCAAAGAGGCGUGGUCUUCUUCCGAGCCCAAGACAACCUCACCGACGAACUCCACAAAGAACUCGUCCACCGUUUGGGCCAACUCACCAACAAACCCUGUUCUUCAACACUACACAUCCAUCCUCUUCUGAACGGCACCAACGAAUUCGGUGUAGAAGACAAUGAGAUCAGCGUUAUUUCAUCCCAAUCUCGCUUCUUCCAGGACAAAGAGAAAGAUAGAGAUGAUCGCAAGCAAGGCGCUGCUAGCUGGCACAGCGAUAUCCAGUUCGAGCAGUAUCCCGCUGAUUACACGAGUCUGCGCCUCACAAAACUCCCCUCCGGCGGUGGUGAUACACUUUGGGCUUCUGGAUAUGAGCUGUAUGAUCGGUACAGUGAUCCGUAUCAGAAGUUCUUUGAGGGAUUGACGGCAACGUUCUCGGGUGAUGGGUUUCUUAAAGCCAGGGAUGCUCGACCUGACUACUUCAAAAUUUAUGAGAAGCCGCGCGGUCAUCCUGAGAAUAUUGGCGAUGAGCUCAAGGCUAUUCACCCAGUUGUACGCACAAACCCUGUGACAGGAUGGAAGUCCCUUUUCGCCGUGGGUAAUUUCCCACGGAAGAUCAAUGAGUUAAGCGCGAGGGAGAGUAGAGAACUUUUGGAGUCGUUUUAUAGGCGGAUUGAAGAGAAUCAUGACUUGCAGGUGCGGUUCAGAUGGAGAAGUCCCAAUGAUAUCGCGUUCUGGGAUAAUCGAAGUGCUUUUCAUAGUGCGACGAAUGAUUAUGAUGGACUUGGUGGACGCGAGGGACAUCGUGCUGUUGGGAUUGGCGAGAAGCCUUAUUUGGACCCUAACAGCCUGUCUAGAACGGAGGCGCUGAGAAACAAGCAAUGA